AUGUUCGAUAUACCGCAGAAGUUCUACGAGCUGUGUCGCCUUUGUUUAUCCCCGGACGGUGUCAAGUGUUCCAUAUUCGAGGAGGAAGGCAUUCAGCGGAGUUUCGCUGACAAAAUAUCAGCGUGCCUGUCAAUCACGGUAAAAGAUGGUGAUACCUUACCAUCGAUUAUCUGCCAUCGGUGUGUAUAUAAAUUGGACGUACUACACAACUUUCGAGAAGUGUCGCAAAAGUCUGAUAUUAUACUUAAACAGUACCUGGAUUAUGCCAAGCAAUUGUCAUCUCUUGAUGAGCAGAAAGAGACUCUCUCCACUGCCAAAGUAGCAGGCGAAAGCCCACUACAAUCGUUCCUCGAGUUGAAUAGGACAUUAUUCAAUGAGGAGUCUAACUCCGAGCCGGCCAGCAUUAAUCAAAACAUAAUACCUCAAACUCUAACGCAUCAUCUACAGUUACAAAACAGUGAUAUGCCAGAACAUGAUAAUAUUAAGUGUGAACCAGAAGAUGACACAUGUUCUAAUAGCUCCGAUCCUGAACGACUAGAAAUUGAGGAUCGCGACGAACAAGAAAUCGAAAAUGAAGAAAAUGGUUACGACAUGACUGUUAACAAGAAAAUUAAAGUUGAGGAGAAUUAUGAUGGCUCUGAAUCCAACACAGCAAAUUGUAGUCCAGUUAAUAGAAUGGAUACUCCAGAGAGCAAUUGUUCUGAUAGUAAUAUUGACCAUGAAACGACAAAGCUCUGGCAAGCUUUAGCCAAUAAUAGAAGUUUGGAAAUCACGCGAACAAAUGGUGAUAAGUUAAACAAUGGAUUUACCGGGGAAGCUACAAAUCUACUGCGCUCUUUGAUUAACAACAGGCAGAUUGGUAUUACCGCCGUUGAUUCAGAUAAAAUAUCUCCGCAAAUCAAAUUCUAUAGAGAUACCCAGGGGACAACUAUUGAACGCACGUUAACUGAUUUCCCUGUGCUCGGUAAUCGUACGAAUAUAGCAACUUUAGAAAAUAAGAGUGCCUCGAUAGAUAGUAAUCCAUCUAGCCCUGCCAGCAUCGGUCGUAAGGAAAUGACGACAGCAUCAUCAAAAGGUCGCAGAAAGCAAAGCUAUCCCAGUAAGGCUCCAGCUAGUCCGGACGUUGUUGCCAAUUAUCAUCAUGAAUCCAACAAUGAAGAGCAGGCUCAUGAUUUUACCACAUGGUCGAACAAGAUGAAAGGAAAGAUGGAUGAUCAGAAACAAUUCGAUCAGCAAAGUGGAAAUAUUGCAAAAAAGGUCGAUAUGUCUUGCACAAAUUGCGGCACCAUGACAACAACGAUCUGGAGAAGAAAUAUGAAGGGUGAGAUGGUGUGCAAUGCUUGCGGGCUAUAUUAUAAACUUCAUGGUGUUAAUCGCCCGGUUACUAUGCGAAGAGAUACUAUACAUACGCGCAGACGUAGACCCAAAGGCGAGAAACCUACGAGACACAGAAAAAAAGGAGAUGCAGUCUUAGCAUCUCAAUCGACAACGGAACAAAUGGAUGCCGAGAGUGCGGACAUGUUAGCGGCUCUUCGACGACAAAUUCAGCCUCAUCUGAUGAUGGCAGCGCUGACACCCGCACGAAUAUCCAGUGGUCAUCCGCCUCCGCCUGCCACUUAUCCUAUACCUUUGUCUAGUUAUAUGAUUCACCAACAUGCGAAAGCUGAGGAGCGUGUACAGCGACAUCUUUCUAUGGAUACUGAAGAAACGGAUGAAGGCGAUGAGGAAAACGUUUCUGAUGUUCCUCUGAAUCUGGUGGCGACUUCACUUUCAGAAGAGACGCACUAAGAAAGAAGAUCUUGGGUUUAUCAUCUAGGUAUGAUAACGACAAUUUUCUAAGACAGCAUAGCCGUGUUUCGAUGACGUUCUGUGGGCACCACGAAUGAACGUCCAUAUCCUGGCAAACUUUCCCAGUACUUUUGCCCCAAAAAAUUAUUUAUACUGGGGAUUGUGAGAAUGUUCCGCGAAAGCGUCAUCAGAUCCAUCAUACCGUGACACAGCAUGCAUAAUGGAACGAGAUGAUAUUAAUUACGCAGUAUUAAUUAUUCAAAAUGUACAUAUAUAUACACACACGUAUACACAGAGAAAGAGGGAGAGAGACAUACAAAUACACAUGCACAUGUACAGACAGGUACAGAUAAAAAACACAAGUACACGUAAAAAACACUACAUACAAGAAAAUAUUUUUAUACAAAAUUUUAUAUGCUCAUAAACUCGUUGUAUAUAUAAAUAUAUACGUGCCGCGAAUUCAAUCGUGCCGCUCAGAAGUGCUCGUCGUUGUCGUCGUCGUCGACCUGUUUUAUAUUUGUAUCUUUUUCGAUUGGUG